AGCAGACUUCGUGUUGAGGCCCAGGCCCCCCAGACACGAGAUAUAUCUGUCUGCGUAUUAUUAUGUACCUAAUGUAUUACUGCCGGAUGGGAUGAAUUCCGCGGUAUGUGGACAUGGACCAAUGGCCAUCACUUCAGGCCCCGAGCUGAGGUGCCGAUUGAAUUGGAGCGAGAACAUGGUCAGUGACAACGCUUCCAGCAACUGGCUUGUCCAAAAUCCACAACACCUGGCAAGCGACGCAUUUCUUGGGCUCUGACUCGCUCAUGUCGACUCCUUUUGACUUUGUGCGCUCUCUUGGCCGUUGGACCGAAUGACGGGCACGGAUGCUCGCCCACCCCCUCCGCCCAAAGUCAGGGUUUAUGUAACCGAGGUCGAAUCGAUCCAUGGUACAAAGUAUAUAUAUUGGUGCUUCUAGCCUUCCCUCUCAGGCGGUUGAGGUUGCGGCUCAAGUCAGACCAUCUUUUUGCAAACUGUUAUAGACUCGAUCCAUUCUGUGCUACAUCACACUUACCUCAGAGGCAGUCAAACCAUGGCGUACGCACAAUCAUGGCUCGAUCUGGAGAAGAACCUGGGUGGUCGCAUGGUCAUGACCGGGACUCCAGAAGAAAUCCGAGCCCAAUAUGACCAACUGGUGGCCAUGCUCCUUCCUCAACUGCCUCCCCCAUCAGAGGCGGUCGAGAGCAAAGACGGUGAAGUCGAGGGCGUCAAGUACCGCUUGUACACGCCCAAGGAGGCGGCCAAGUCGGGACCCCUCCCCGUCGCCAUCUGGACGCACGGGGGAGGAUGGAUGACCGGCGACCUCAACUCAGACGACUUGCUUUGCAGGAUCAUCGCCGAAGCUGUUCCCUCAAUCAUCAUAAGCGUGGACUACCGACUUGCUCCUGAGCACAAGGUCCCCACACAGCUCCAGGACUGUCUGACCGUGUACAAAUGGGCACGGCAAAACGCGGCGUCGUAUGGCGGUGACCCAAGCAAAUUCUACACCAUUGGUGGCUCUGCCGGUGGUGCUCUGGCCCUCCAAAUCGCCAACCGCCUGGUCAAAGACCCCUCGAAGCGCGAUGGGAUCAAGGGCAUUGCCGCCAUUGUGCCCUGUGCACUGCACUGGGACCACGUCCCGGACGAGCACAAGGACAUUUACAAGGCAUACGAAGAGAACAAGGAAGGCGUGCCCAUCAUCGACAAGAACUCGAUGCAGAUCUUCUACGAGCACGCAGGCGCCGACCCCAAGGACAGCGACAUCUUCGUCGCCCUGGCCAAGGAGAACCACGCCAAUUUCCCGCCCACGUACCUGGUCAGCUGUGAAAAGGACCCCUUGCGGGACGAUGCCUACGUGAUGGAAGCGUCGUUGAAGAAAGCCGGCGUCCCCACCAAGCACGACCACUACAAGGGACUGCCUCACUAUUUCUGGAUCUUCCCUUCUGUGCCCGAGGGGCAGCAGUUCGUGGGCAACUUGAUUGGAGGCGUGAAGUGGCUUAUCUCGCAGAUGUAAAUAGAUGGACUGGACUGCUUCAGCAGGAUCCGUUCAGGAUGGCGCUUUCGCGGCCUAGGAGCCAGGGAUUCUCGCCUCCUCAAAGCACUCUGAGAAUCCCUGUUCCCACAUAGAGGAAAGAGGCUAGCAAACGAAGAGAUGAUUACGGAAGCAAUAUUAUUAUUCCAU